AUGAGCAAGUACUACAAGAAAUUAGAGUUGAAUGAUGUGAAGGACGAAGAGGUGGGUGACGCAGACAUCAAAAAGAACUUUGGUGGGCCCAAGAAGAAACCGAAUAUUGGCCUGAAGGCGUUUAGGAUUGUUGUCCGGAACCUACCUUUUAAUGUGAGUCUUGAAUAAUUUUUCGAUAAUUGGCUGUGUGUAGACGACGAAAGAAGAGUUUGAGGAGCUGUUUUCUAAGUUUGGCAUUGUCAAGGAUAUCCAAUUACCUAAGUGUAAAGAUAAAAAAUAUCCUAAUUCAAUCGCUGGAUUUGGAUUCAUUCAGUAUGGAGCUAGGGAGUCCGCUAGAAAUGCUGUUAAGGAGCUCAACUUUACUCAAUUUAAAGGCCGGAAGAUUGCCGUCGAUUGGGCUUUGCAUAAAGAUGAUUAUAUGAGUCGACAAGUUGGUAUGUGGAUAUUAUAAUAAUUAUUUUAUUGCUUUAGGCAAUGCUGAACAUUCAAACCUCAUGAAAGUUGCUAAAAAGUUUGAUGAUUCGAAAGAAGAUGAGAAAGUUGAAUCUGAUAAAUCAGGAUCUGAUUCUGAAGAAGUGGAAGAAGAAGAGAACACAAGCGAUGUUGAAAGUGCGGAUAAUGAGGACAUGGACGAAUCGGAGACAGAAGAAGAGGACGAAUUAAUGGAUGGUGAGGACGAUGAGGCAGACGAAGAGGAGGAGAUUAAGGAGAAGAAAGUAAAUAAAAAGGAUGAUGCAGUGGCCGAAGGUCGUGUUGUUUUCUUGAGGUUUGUAUGAAAUUCAGUUUUAAUUUUUUGGUUUAGAAAUCUGUCGUUUGACGCAACAAAUGAGAGUUUGAAAACGUAUAUGGAGAAGUUUGGUGAGGUUUCUUUGGCCAUUCUCUGUAAAUUCCCAGGAACAGAACAGAAAAGUGGAAACGCAUUCGUUCAUUUUAAGACAAAAGAAGCUGCGGAUAAAUGUUUGGAAGAGUUGGAUGUAAGUUUUUGAACAUUAAUUAUAUUGCUUUAGGUAUCUGGUAUCUUUUUUGAAGGCCGGAUUAUUGAGGGCCAUCGGGCUGUUCCUCGAGAAGAAGCCAAAAAGUUUGAAUCGGAGGGUAAAAAGAAGGAAGGGAAGGAUAAGAGAAAUCUGAAGUUGUUGAGGGCAUCGUUGAUUCGGAUGGGAACUGCUCAAGCCAAGGAAAUGAGCGAAGAAGAUGCCAAGUUCAGACAGAAGCUGAUUGAAGCCGCUAAGACAAAACUCAAGAACUUACAUAUGUUCGUGUCUCCCACUAGGUUAGCGGUAAGUCAAAAUGAAUUUACAAAAUCGUAAAUUUAGAUUCAUAACAUUCCCUUCAAAUUUCGGGAUGAUGAUCUUUUCAAUUUGUGUUUGAAUCAGGCGACAAAGAAUGCUUACAUAAAAGAAUGUAGGAUUAUGAGGAAUAAAACGGGCGUGGAUCAACAAGGACGGCCCAUCCUGGGGAGAUCCAAGGGAUUCGGAUUCGUCGAAUUUGUUGAUCAUUUGGACGCCCUGACUUGUUUGAGGAAUCUGAAUAACAACCCUGAGGUCUUUACAGAUGAAAGAGUAGGUUUAUUUGUAUUACUUCAUCAUUUUAAUUAUUUUAGCGACCAAUUGUCGAGUUUUCGAUAGAGAAUUUGAAUGCCCUGAGGAUCAAAGAGAAUCGAAAACAGAUGCAAGAACAAGGUUAUCGACGAGAUACGGAUGAACAGAAGGCCAGAAAGGAAGCCAUGCUCAAGAAAUCCAAGGCCAGUUUGGUAAAGGACGGAAUGAAAAAUUUACCCAAAAAGUUUGGCCAAAAGAUUAGAUAUCGGGAUCGGAAACAUAAUCAAAAUCAGAAGGGUUCUGGAGGGAGAAAAGAAUACAAAAUCAAAAAAAUCGGAAAAGGAAAGGUGACCAAAAAAAGAAAAUAAUGGAAAUAAAUCGACUGGUUGAAUGUUUUGUUACUCUUACUUGUUGUCCAAUAAAUCUUUGUUACUUCGACGAUUGCCUUGGUUGAUCCAGUUUUUGAUUCUGAUUACUUUUUUGCUUGUUGUAAAGCAUUGAAGAGUAGUUUAGAUGGCACAUAUACUUGCUGGACUCGCCGAAUUUCAUCAUGUUCCCUCGGAUUUUGAUCAUUAUUUUUUCAAGAACUUGACACAAAAACUGUUUUUAUCCAGUAAGUUAUUGCAGAAAGAAGUUUUAUUUGAAGAUCUUGUUAAAUUGGAGGACAUCUACUCUUUAUUGAAUAGAAAUUCAAGCAGUACUACUCUCCUGUGCGCGUUGAUUGCGUCUUUUUUAAAUGAAGAUAACCUGGCCGAAGGGGUUGGUUAUGUUUCCAAGCAUAUUAGAGAUCUUCUGGAAGCUUCAAACGAAUGCUCUUGCUUAAAACAACUUCUUUACGAUCUUGCCAUGGAAUUGGAAAAGAGAAAAUUGCUUCAGAGAGAUGUAAAAGACGGUUGGUUUCCAUGUUCGAUAAACAAUUGUUUUGAUUACAGUGCUCUUAUCCUCGGGGGCGACCGUUUUGUUGUCCGAAAGAUCAAAUGUUGUGAUUCGAAGACAGAUCGCGCAUUUUAUGGUGGAAGUCUCCAAGGAUUCGACAGAGGAACAGGAAAUCCGAGCGGUUUUAUUCAAAGGCUGGAUGGAGUCUGAUGAUGUUACAGUAAUCGACGAAGCCAGUUAUGUGUUUCGACAAACAGAUCUCUUCGAAACAUUGGAUAAACAACAAAUCGAGGGCAUUUAUAAAAAGUUUUUGGAAUUAACGAGACCUGGAUUAAAUGUCAUCAAACUGAUUGCGAGUAUACUGUAAGAUUAAAGUAAAAGGUCGUACUUUUAUAGAUUACUGAACGAAAACGAAGUAUUGAAGAAGAUUGAAGACGUUGAAGAUAAAAGGUUGACCCAACAGCUUUGUUCCGAACUUCUCAAGACUUGCACGUAAGUGAGGGUCACGGAAGCAAUGUUAUUUCCAGUUUACAACUUCAACCCGAACUCCUUCGAGUUGUCGUUUCUAAUAUACGACAGUCUUCUGACUGUGUAAUCGAGUAUUUGGAAGAGAUUGAAGACAUUUUCCAAGAAGUAGGCCUCUUUGAUGGUGAACAUCAAUUUAUAAUGGAUAUCAUUACAAUUAAUGACGAGGUCGAUGGCUUUUAGUUUAGGAAAUGACAAGAAUCCGAAGAGAUCUGAACGCCAAUCUCCCUUUGCCAAAGAAAUGCUCAAAUGACUCAUUAAUUAAAUACCUCAAUUAUAUUCGGCUCAGGUCCGGGGUCUCUUCUUCCGAAUAUAUUCAGGCGUUUGACUCAGCUAAGUUAAGGAUUCAGAACUCCCCGGAGAUUCUUGACUUCAUUUUGAGUGAAUCUGAAGAAUUGUGUGAUCUCUUGAGGGAGAAUCUAAUCAGAAAUGUGUUCAAUGACCUCACCGUCAACAUCCUGAUGGUCAAGGGAUUCCCCAAUUGGAUUUUGGUCGAUUCCGCGAUAUUAAUUCUCGACAAGAUCGCCGAUUUCUUCGAUUAUGGUAGUUUUUCUCAUGUCAAUCUCAUUGGCUGAAAAUUUAUAAAAAUAUUUUCUAAAUCUUCAGAUGAAGAUACGGUCCACAAAAGGAUAUUCGAAUUAAUGAAAACCCGAGAACAUGAGGACAUUGAUUACGUCAAGGAGAGCGCGGCCAAAUUCUUACUAAAAAACUGCCCAGACAUGAUCAAAGAGGAGAUGAAAGGACUUUUUCUGAAUGGAAAUAACCUCGAAAUCAGGUAAUUAAUUACUGCUUAAUUCACCCCAACUUGGUCUCUCUUCCAGAAUUGCUGUACUUGAACGAUUGCUCUUAACUUCUGACUCGGAACUCGCUUCACUUGGACAUCUAAAUGACAUCAUGGAAGAAGUUUUAUUACUCGAAAGUAAUAUUCAAGUCAAGGAAAAGGCUCUGAUUUUAUUGGAGAGGUUAGAGAAAGUAGAUGAGAAAUGGAAGGAAAAGAGUGCGCAAUUAAAGGAGAUGUUCAGAGAAGAAAAGAAUCGCUUGGAUAAAAAGAAUGACCUCGAGAUUUUAACCCAGAUGAUAGAGAAUGUUAAGACAAGCGCCGACUGCUUCGACGACCAUGUGGCCAAAGAAUGUUACUGA